AAAAAUAUUGAUAGGAAAAUGGCGUACUGGUUUCACAGAAAUCCUUUGAAAGCCACUGCCGUGGUGACAUUUGAGUUCCAUGGUGUAACAACAAAUGAACCAAGUCGUAAAAUCUUCGCUGAUCUGAGAAAAACAAGAACUGCAUUAUUGGAAUUGCUCACAGAUCCAAAUCAUCAAAGAGAAACGGUAGAUAAAGCCACGACAGAUUACUUCUCCCUGUUAUCCGGUUUAAUUCAACCAAUCGACCCUAACGAACCAGAAAAUAAACUACGUAAAAUCAUCAAAUUUCGAUGGACCAAUAGUCUGUUAGGAAACGCAGCCACUGAACAAUGGGAUGCUGUGUAUGAAUACGCAUCAAUGGCGGUUAAUGUGGGUUUGUGGUAUACAAAGCACGCAGCCAAACUUGCCGCAAAGGAAGACCCAGAUAUGGAAGAAGCCAAAGAAGUCCACAAAUGUCUGAGAAUUGCUGCUGGAAUAUUUACAAAUAUCAAGAAUGAUUUAAUUGGUAAACUUUCUGAGAACGAUGAAAAUGGAGUCGACACGGACAGUCGAGUUUUAGAGGCCUACAUCAAACAAUGUACGGCUGAGGCACAAGAAGUGACGCUAGCACGGGCCAUAGAGAUGAAACAUUCGUCUAGUCUGAUUGCUGCGUUGGCCUAUGAGACGAGUCAACUAUACCAGGCUGCCGAUGAUUCGCUGUCGAGUAUUGAUGACGUCAUCGUGGGGAAAUGGAGGAAGUAUUUUCAACUGAAACAUGCUUUUUAUUUGUCGUCUGCUCAUAGUUAUAAUGGAGACACGUUAUUAGCUCAAGAUAAAUGUGGAGAAGCAGUACGGGGGUUAAAGGAAAGUGUAGAAUUAUAUGAUAAAGCUGCUUUACUGUGUAAAGAAUACGCUAGUACGAAGGGGGCCGGAACGACAGCAAGACCUCAAGAUCACAUCUUCUUUAGACGACUAGGACCUGUUGUUAAACGUACCUUAGAAAAAUGUGAAAGAGAAAAUGGUCUGAUUUAUCAUCAAAAGGUGGCGUUCGAUCCUCCACAACUAGAACUCAAGGCGACAUAUGGUCUGGUCAGUCCUGAAGAUUACACCCCACCAUCACUCAACCCAUUAUGGACAGUCGAUGUUUAUAAUAAAUUCAAUCCAAGUAUGGCACCAAAACCACAACCCAAAAAGGCAAAAGAAGAAAAAAAAGAAAAUUUACCACCUGUUAAAGAAAAAGAAACACCGAUGUCAGAUAAAGAUCCUAAAAAUUUCAGUGGUUGUUCCAUUAGUUAGAUGUGAAUGAUUUUUAAGCUUUUUUUGAUAUUGUUGAUUCCCAUCGUUCAUUUUUCAGACAAUAUGUAAAAUCUUACGGCUUAAUCCAUGUACGAUGUAUCUACAUCAAAUAUACAUUAUGCAAGAGCUAAAUCUGCCUACUGCAGGCCUUUCUUUAGGCCUGAAAUGUUAUAUAAAUUAUUAAUUAGACAUUAAUUAACUGAUCCAGACCAUAAUCAACUCUCGAUGCCAUCAUUAGCCUGCGAUCUUUAGUGGAUUUGAAGCAAACAAACGCAUUCUUAUACUUAAUAUAAACAUGUUACCUGCUGUUUUAGACCCUUACUUAAGACUUACAUGUAACAUACAUUAUGCAAGAGGGAAAUCUGCCUACUACAGGUCUUUCUUUAGACCCUAAUGCCCAUAUUUUAAAACAGUGUCUAAAAUAAUCUGUGAUUAGGUCUAAUAAGUAACUAGCUAUUAGAUAUUUAUUAACAUGACAAGACCAAUAUCAACUCUCGAUGCCAUCGUAUAGUUUAGAUUGUCAAUAGAUUUAAAUAUGUUUUGUGGUUGAUGUGGUUGCCGUAAAAAUGGAUAAGCAAGAUUUUGUUUAUUGUUAUAACAACGGUAGCAUUGACAAUCAAGGUUACUCUGUUCUUCCAACAACUAUAACACGGCCCAAACUGAUGUAAUUUGACUGAAAUUUUCAACAUAUUUCUUUUUCAUUAUCUUUUUUUAUCUAUUUUAUCAAGAUCUGUCAGCUUUUUAUAUAAUCUUACCUAUAUGUAAUGCCCCUGUAAUUAUUUAACAAAGCCUUCUCAGAAUUAAAUUAAGAAUUCACUCAACUUUCAAUCACUGUUUAUGAGAAAUAUCUUUGAUCCAGAAACACAAAACUUUGUACUUAGUUUCUUAUGAUGUAUUUGAUACAUUAAAACAACAAAAGUUUUAUAAAGUCUGAGAAUGCUUUGGGAACUCAGGGCGAGAAUCUACUGGAUUAAAAAACAGAAAUUUUCAUUUGAUUAAGGCCAUACAAAACAAACAUUCUGGUUCUCGGCGACUCAUGCACAACUUAAAAAGGACCGCAUGAUCUGUUUUUAUUUCAAAAAAGUAAAAAAUAAAAACAAUCUCCUUUAAUUACCUGGUGUAAAUACUUUCCCGGGUUACAGGAACCAAAUAUACUUAGACAAUUAGAAUACUGGAUAAUCAUACAUUCCUAUAAGUGAUACUGGAUAAUCAUAAACAUUCCUAUGAACAUCAUGAGGAGAUAUGUCUAUGAGAAGUCAUUUAUCCCAGUACUGGAUCUUUGACAAAGUAAAAACCUCCCUCCUUCAUCAAAUUUUUUAUAAAAAUUUUUUGGGGAACAGGGGCGGAUCCAGGAUUUUCAGAAAGAUGGGGGUUGCUGUCUCCACUUGAGAGUGCGAAGCCCGACCCUCGGUGGGCGGACUGACGGGCAAUCAACCAAGUCACCAACCGACUCGUUUCGGAGUAAAUUACAAUUUCCAACCUAAACUGACUGUUAAUUCCUUUCCUGCGAGAAUAUAUGGGUUAAAAAAAUUGUUCUGCACCACAAAAAAUAGGAGGGGGGGGGGCGUGUGCUGGGUGCCCCUCACCCCACUGGAUCCCCGCCUGAGGAAGGAUUGUCUGAGAGCCAGAAUAUCAUUUUUGUCUACUGUCUAAAUGUUUUGUUAUUUUGUAUUGUUCUGUGGAUGUCUUUCUAUGGUAAACAUUUUACAUCAAUCUGAUUAAAAUACAGAUCCUAUUUCGUUUUGUUUUUUAUAGUUCAAAAUUUCGUUUUACUUGUCUUAACUACACUAGAAUCUAGAUGUUGUUGUUAUAUUACCAGGGUUCUGGAUGAAGUGAGGGAUUGGCCAAUGAAACGGUCUGUUAUGACGAUUUUUGGCGGGCGAUGCACUGCACGGAACUGUGGGUAAACCACUAGAAACAUCAACGCUGAUUGAUUAAUCAAUGUCUGACGUCAUAGGGUCAAAAGCCGCUGUACUUUAAUCUGUACUUUAAUCAGAUUGUAUUUUACAUCCACAGCAGGUCAUUACAAUUCAUCACAUUAUUUUCAUCAGAAUCAAAUAUGUCCUUGUCUAAAUUCAGUUGGUUAGAACAAAGGAAGUCUAACAUCAUUACUGUAGAAUAAGUAAAGCCUUACAUGAUGUCAAUUUGUCAAUAACAUGGAUGUACUCACCAUCAUCAUCUUUUAGAUAUUAUACAUAGAGCUUAGUGUAUGUGACACCACAUGUGUAAUAUUGGGUCUAGCUGUUAAUAGGAUGUAGGCAGUGAACAAUCAGGGUUGGGCUUGCGGGGGCUAAUAGAGGGGCUAGCUGUUACUAGGAUAUAGAAAGCAGGCCUGUAGCCAGCGCGGGGCGAUGCCCCCAUAAAAAAAUAUUUUGCCCCCUGCCCCCCCUCUCAAGGGAAGUGAACAAUCAGGGUUGGUAAGAGUGGGGGGAGUAAUUGUCUGAUAUUUGUGAGUGAAUGUAGUCAGGAAUAAAAACAUUUGGGUGGGGGGAGGAGGAUUGUCCGAUGUUUGGGAGUGGGUGUAGUAAAUAUAUACGAACAGUGUGGGGUAAUUGGGGGGGGGGGGGUGUCUGAUGUUUGGAAGUGUGUAGUAAAUAUAUACGAACAGUGUGGGGUAAUUGGGGGGUGGAGUGGGGGGAGGAUUGUCCGAUGUUUUGGAGUGGGUGUAGUCAAUAUAUACGAACAGUGUGGGGUAAUUGGGGCGGGGGGGUGUCUGAUGUUUGGAAGUGUGUAGUAAAUAUAUACGAACAGUGUGGGGUAAUUGGGGGGUGGGGUGGGGGGAGGAUUGUCCGAUGUUUUGGAGUGGGUGUAGUCAAUAUAUACGAACAGUGUGGGGUAACUGUCCAUAUACUUGUAUAUUGUAUGUAUAUAACUAUGUUAUUAAUUGUAUAUUAUUUUUUACCUGUAACAUAUUGUAACUGUUAUGUUUUAUUUAUCUUUUCUUCAAUCUGAUGUAUUAUUAAUUGUUAUGACCACUAGAAAAUCUGCUUUCAAAAUAUAGCUUUCAUCAGAGGCUAAGUAUAUGCUUGUAAAGUCAACUUUGUUCAUAUUUUACAUAAGGGAGAAAAUAUAUUAUACUUCCGUAUUGUUAGUUAGUGAUGACACUUAUAUAUAAUACUGGCUUUGUUUUAUUAUAUAUAUAACGUUCUUGUAGACAUUAAACUGUCCAUAAACGGACAUAAAUUA